AUGGCGUCCAGGGACGCGGAGAGCAUCUGCAGCAUCCAGAUGGCGACGGGGAUACUGGACGGCGAGCUGGACGAGUCUCCGGGAGCGCUUCAGGAUCAAGAUGAUACUCCGUGCUCCGUUUUGUUUAGCAUGCCGGCCUCGCCAUCGGGGCUCCACCCCUUCUCAGGCCGUCUCGAGCGGCAGCUCUCUAUCCUCCGUGGGGUGGUGCCACACGAGCCGCCAACGGACGACAUUGAGCGCGGUGCCGCGUCCAAGAUCUCCGAGGAGCACACCGACGAGGACAAUGACAUUCCCUCCGCCGACCGCUACUUUGCCGCCCUUGAAGGCCCUGAGCUCGAGACCCUUCGGUCAACAGAGGUGGCGGUGCUGCCCAAUGAUGAGCCCUGGCCGUUUCUCCUCCGAUUUCCGAUCAGUGCUUUCGGAAUGUGCCUGGGCGUGAGCAGCCAGGCAAUGUUGUGGAAGACUCUUUCGUCAGAGCACUCCACGGGGUUCCUCGGCGUGAACCCCGCCGUCAACCACGUCCUCUGGUGGGCCUCCGUCGCCCUCACCGUCAUUGUAUCCAUCACGUACCUCCUCAAGGUUGUGUUCUAUUUCGAGGCCGUCCGCCGUGAGUUCCACCAUCCGGUCCGUGUCAACUUCUUUUUCGCGCCCUGGAUCGCUUGCCUCUUCCUCGUCAAGGGCUCGCCCCGUCUAGAGAGGGAGAUAAACCACAUCGUCUGGUACCUCCUCAUGACACCUAUCCUCUGCCUCGACCUCAAGAUCUAUGGCCAGUGGAUGUCUAGCGGUGAGCGCCGGCUCUCCAAGGUGGCCAACCCGUCCAACCACCUCGCCGUCGUUGGCAACUUUGUGGGAGCACUACUUGGUGCCAAGAUGGGCCUCCAUGAGUUGCCCAUAUUUUUCUUUGCCGUCGGGUUCGCUCACUACCUCGUGCUCUUUGUCACCCUCUACCAGAGGCUUCCCACCAACAUGCAACUCCCCAAGGAGCUCCAUCCGAUCUUCUUCUUCUUCGUCAGUGUACCCAGUGUCGCCUCUAUGGCAUGGGCGAGGAUCUCUGGCGAGUUCAACCAUGGCCCCAAGCUUCUUUACUUCGUCUCACUAUUCCUCUACGCGUCCUUGGUGGUACGCAUCAACCUGUUCAGGGGGGUUCGGUUCUCAUUGACGUGGUGGGCCUACACAUUCCCACCAACGAGCGCCGCGCUAGCCACCGUGUUGUACGCAUCAGAGGUGGAAAACAUGUUGACCCGAGCAUUGGUGGUCGGGCUGGCAGGGAUCGCCACCGUCACAGUCAUUGGAGUCAUGGUCAACACUGUAUACCAUGCCUUUGUGGGUAAGGACCUCUUCCCCAAUGAUGUGUCCAUCGCCAUCAUGAGGCAAAGGCCAAAGUUCAACAAGAUCCUUGCACACCUCCGCUCAUCCAGCCCCGAUGAGGGCACCGUUUAA